UUGCGUAGAUGUCCCAGAAUGCUUUUCAGCCUGGCCGAGAAGAAGAGGCGACAUGAUGCCGUCUGCCGGCGGUUAAAGUGGAGAAGCUGUUAGAAUCUGACCGGAGCUGCUCACCAGCAGAGCGGAUGUGCAGAUAGAGCGGAGCCGCUCCUGGUGCGUCUCAGCCGGUCAGUCCGCCACGAUCUCAGCGGCCGCAGCAGCCAGCAGGCUAGCCAGCUAGCUAGCUGCGCUCCGGAGAUAUUGGUAGAGGCGGGCGCCAUGGCGACGGACGUGGGCUCGCCGCAGCGGUUCUUCCACAUGCCGCGCUUCCAGCACCAGGCGCCGCGGCAGGUGUUCUACAAGCGGCCCGACUUCGCCCAGCAGCAGGCCAUGCAGCAGCUCACCUUCGACGGCAAGCGCAUGAGGAAGGCCGUCAACCGCAAGACCAUCGACUACAACCCGUCUGUCAUCAGAUACCUGGAGAACCGCGUGUGGCAGCGGGACCAGCGGGACCUGAGGGCCAUCCAGCCUGACGCCGGCUGCUACAACGACCUGGUUCCUCCUCUCGGCAUGCUCAACAACCCCAUGAACGCCGUCACCACCAAGUUCGUCCGCACCUCCACCAACAAAGUCAAGUGUCCGGUCUUCGUCAUCAGGUGGACUCCUGAAGGGCGGCGGCUGGUGACCGGAGCCUCCAGUGGAGAGUUCACUCUGUGGAACGGACUCACCUUCAACUUUGAGACCAUCCUGCAGGCCCACGACAGCCCGGUGCGGGCCAUGACCUGGUCGCACAACGACAUGUGGAUGCUGACGGCGGACCACAGCGGCUACGUCAAGUACUGGCAGUCCAACAUGAACAACGUCAAGAUGUUCCAGGCUCACAAGGAGGCCAUUAGAGAAGCCAGCUUUUCUCCCACUGAUAACAAGUUCGCCACCUGCUCCGACGACGGCACCGUCCGCAUCUGGGACUUCCUCCGCUGCCACGAGGAGCGCAUCCUGCGAGGUCACGGCGCCGACGUGAAGUGCGUGGACUGGCACCCCACCAAAGGCCUGGUGGUGUCGGGCAGCAAAGACAGCCAGCAGCCCAUCAAGUUCUGGGACCCCAAGACGGGUCAGAGCCUGGCCACGCUCCACGCCCACAAGAACACGGUGAUGGAGGUGAAGUGGAACCUGAACGGGAACUGGCUGCUGACGGCGUCGCGGGACCACCUCUGCAAACUCUUCGACAUCCGCAACCUGAAGGAGGAGCUGCAGGUGUUCCGCGGCCACAAGAAGGAGGCCACAGCUGUCGCCUGGCAUCCGGUCCAUGAAGGCCUGUUCGCCAGCGGAGGCUCGGACGGAUCCCUGCUGUUCUGGCACGUCGGGGUGGAGAAGGAGGUGGGAGGCAUGGAGAUGGCCCACGAAGGGAUGAUCUGGAGUCUGGCCUGGCACCCGCUGGGUCACAUCCUGUGUUCUGGGUCCAACGACCACACCAGCAAGUUCUGGACGAGGAACCGACCCGGGGACAAGAUGAGGGACCGUUACAACCUGAACCUGCUGCCUGGGAUGUCAGAGGACGGCAUGGAGUACGAUGACGUGGAGCCCAACAGCCUGGCCACCAUCCCCGGGAUGGGCAUCCCAGAGCAGCUGAAGGCGGCCAUGGAGCAGGAGCAGAGCAGUAAAGAGGGGGCUCUGGAGGUGGAGAUGUCCAUCCCGGGGCUGGACUGGGGCGUGGACGAGGUGAUGGGCAAAGACUCCAAGAAGGUUCCUCAGAAGAAAGUCCCCUACGCCAAGCCGAUUCCCGCGCAGUUCCAGCAGGCCUGGGCGGAGAACAAGGUUCCCAUCCUGCCUCCAUCCGCAGCGCUGUCCAAAGACCGCAGCAUGGAGCAGAAGGUGGAGGGGAAGAAGAAGACCCAGGCAGAGCUGGAGCAGGAGAUGGCGGCGUUGCAGUACACCAACCCCCAGCUGUUGGAGGUAAACACCACCUGCCUCCAGCUGUUGGAGGUAAACACCACCUACUCACAGCUGCUGGAGGUAAACACCACCUGCCUCCAGCUGUUGGAGGUAAACACCACCUACUCACAGCUGUUGGAGGUAAACACCACCUGCCUCCAGCUGUUGGAGGUAAACACCACCUACUCACAGCUGUUGGAGGUAAACACCACCUGCCUCCAGCUGUUGGAGGUAAACACCACCUACUCACAGCUGUUGGAGGUAAACACCACCAACCCCCAGCUGUUGGAGGUAAACACCACCUACCCCCAGCUGUUGGAGGUAAACACCACCUACCCCCAGCUGUUGGAGGUAAACACCACCUACCCCCAGCUGUUGGAGGUAAACACCACCUACCCCCAGCUGUUGGAGGUAAACACCACCUACUCACAGCUGUUGGAGGUAAACACCACCUGCCUCCAGCUGUUGGAGGUAAACACCACCUACUCACAGCUGCUGGAGGUAAACACCACCAACCCCCAGCUGUUGGAGCAGAUGAAGAUGAACCAGAUGAACUCUGAUGGGAAUAUGGGGCCCCCACAGGGACCGGGUUCUAUGCCCCCCUUUCCGGGUCCUGGAGGUCCUGGGAGUUCGGGCCCUCCUGGUCAGCAGGGCUAUGCUCCAAACAUGCCUCCUCAGCAGUUGCCCAACAACAUGCUCCCCCCCAUGGGCCCUGGCGGGAUGCAGCAGUCUUUUAUGCAGCCUGGACAGAUGGGUCCCCCUUCUGGGCCCCCAUCACAUCAGGGGCCCCCUCAAGGAAUGAUGGGACCAUCAGACAUGCAGGAACCACAAAGACAUCCUGGCCCUCCAAGACACAUGGUCCCUCAAGGCCCUCAUGGUAUGGGGCCGAGAGGGAUGCAGGGCCCCCCUGGUGGUAUGAUGGGUCACCCUCCUCGAGGAAUGGGUCUAAGGGACCCACAAGGUCCCCCACCUCAGGGCGGAAUGAUGCCCCCUCAAGGAAACAUGAUGGGGCCUCAGGGCCAAAUGCAAGGUGGAAUGAUGGGGCCACCACCAAGGACACACGGCAACAUGCCUAACAACUAUGGGAUGGGAAACAUGCAGGGCCCCCAGGGGGGGAUGCAGGGCCCCCAAGGGGGAAUGCAGGGCCCCCAAGGGGGAAUGCAGGGCCCCCAUGGGGGAAUGCAGGGCCCCCAUGGGGGAAUGCAAGGACCCCAAGGGGGAAUGCAGGGCCCCCAAGGAGGAAUGCAAGGACCCCAAGGGGGAAUGCAGGGCCCCCAAGGAGGAAUGCAAGGACCCCAAGGAGGAAUGCAAGGCCCCCAAGGAGGAAUGCAGGGCCCCCAAGGAGGAAUGCAAGGACCCCAAGGAGGAAUGCAGGGCCCACAUGGAAACAUGCAGGGCCCUCCAUACAUGCAGCCCCAGGGUCAGAACUCGGGCCCUAUGAUCCAUGGGAUGGGGCAACAGGGUCCCAGCAGCAAAGGAGACCAUCGAGGGCCUCCCCCUAACCACCACAUGGGCCCUUCUGAUCGACAGGGUCCCGGAGGUUCAGUCGGACCAGACCAAGGCUCGGGUUCUUACUGGGGAGACAACCAGCAGGGCCGAAGAGGCGCGCAGGACUUUGAUGGAGGACAGGACUUUCACAGCCGAGGAGAGGACAGCUGGAGACCAGCUGGUCCUGGGUACCAGGGGGGCAACCACAGAGGGGGAGGGCACCGAGGUGGGGGAGGGAGCUGGGGCCCAGACGAGCGUUUCAGUGGAGGGGACUUCAGAGGACGGCGGGAUGACAGGUUCCGGGGGGGCGGGCCUGGCCGGCCGGGGGGGCGGGGCUAUGCCGAGGAGUACGGGGGCCAAGAGGAGGGUUUUGACAGCACGGAGGAAAUAAGCCGAGGCUGGGACUCAGGGGGCCGUGGGAGGCACCCGCGAGGAGGGGGUCCACCACGAGGAGGAGGCCAUGACGGGUACCGGGACGACGGGUCGUCCCCUGGGGGCCGGGAGCGUCCCUCGUCCAUGCAGGGGAUGGACAUGGCGUCCCUGCCUCCGAGGAAGCGUCCCUGGCAGGACGGUCCGGGGACCGGGGACCACGAGGCUCCUGAUGGCGGUCGUCCUCAGAGGGACGACGGCUACGGCCCCCCGGGUCGAGGCGGGCGGGGUGGCUGGGGUCCUGGCGGGGGUCCCCGGCGAGGAGGACUCCCUCCCAGAGGAGCACCGAGGGGCGGCGGGCGAGGCCGGUAGUGACGGUGUCCUCGGAGCGCCUCCCUGUGGCCUCUGGGUCAUGUGACCUGGGCGGCGGCUCACCUGGGCGGCAGGUGUAUCAUACUGUGGACACUUUUCUAAAUGAUUUCUAUGUGUUUGUGUUUUCACUGAGCUGGACAAUAAAGAUUCACACUUCCACUGUUGG